AUUGUGAUUGAUAUGGAGCCGGAUAGAUUUAGUUGGUUACCGGAGCAUGUUAUAGACAAGAUUCUGUCAUACUUGCCGAUUAGAGAAGCAGCCGGAACAAGUGUUUUAUCUAGCAAAUGGAAUAACCAGUGGUACACACUAUCACGUCUAGUAUUUGAUACAGAUUGUGUCUCUAAUAUUGCACCUUCCAGAGACCCUUCGCUUUUCAAUAACAAGUUUCUACAAAUCGUUAACCAUGUACUUUUACUUCAUUACGGGCCAAUCAUCGUGUUCAAGAUGUGCAACUACAAUGAUAAAUUCACUUGUGUGAUUCCUAAGACUGAUAUUGAUCGCUGGAUUCAUCAUCUAAUUGGAAGAUCUAUUCAAAAGCUUGUACUAGAUGUUUGGAUAGAAAAAGACUAUAAGAUACCUUGCCGCUUAUUCUCUUGUCAAAGUUUACGUAUUUUAAAGUUAUUGUGGUGUUGGCUUAAACCUCCUACAAAGUUUCAAGGUUUCAAGAAAUUGAAAAGUCUUGAGCUGUAUCGGAUUACUAUAUCCCAACAUGAUUUUGAAAAUUUGAUAUCCGGCUGCAAUUUGCUAGAAAGUUUGGUAUUGGGAAACCUUGAUGGUGUCACCCAAAUUAAUAUUCAUGCACCAAAUCUUAAACAUCUUGAUAUUUUUGAUACAUUUGAGGAUAUAACCUUUCAUAAAACUUUUCAAUUAACUACUGUGUAUGUGAAUUUAAGUUCGUAUUUGAACUCUAAAAGCAAUCAAAGUAGAUUGCAUGGAGGCUCUAGCAAUUUGCUUAAAUUUUUCGAUCAUAGACCUCACAUCGAAAACCUAUCGGUUCAUAAUUAUUUUUUAAAGUAUUUGGCUGCAGGUGUUGUGCCGGUGAAGCUUCCUACUCUCUGUACCGAUCUAGAUUGUCUUUCCAUAUGCAUAAACUUUGAUGAUUUGAAAGAAAUUUCAGCUGCUCUUUGUUUGCUAAGAAGCUCACCUAAUCUUCAAACAUUAGAAAUUUCUGCACGGAUUGACCAGCAUAGUGUUCCUUUGACACCUAUCAGUGACACCUAUUGUUGGGAAGAAACAUUUUUUAAACCAGAAACACCCAUUCAAGUACUAAGUGUGUCAAUAGAUAACAUCUCUGGCCUCCAACUUGAACUAGAUUUUAUCAGAUUUUUACUUCUCUAUUCACCCGUGCUCGAAAAAAUGAUCGUGAAGCCUGAUGUAAAUGUUAGACCAGAGUUGGUUACCGGACUAAUUCGUUUUAAAAGAGAGUCCAGAGAUGCUGAAGUUAUUUACGUGCAAAAGGAAGGUUAA